AUGGGCUCCUUCUUCCGGCAAGAGGACACCAAGGUGAGGAUGACUAGCGUCAUCCCAGGCUGGCAAGAGGCGCUCCAGGCGAUGUCGCCGGGGGAGAAGCGGCGGCUUUGGAUUCCGGCGUCCCUCGGCUUCGUGACGGACGGCAUGGAUGAGGAAGACGCUCCAGGUCCUGCUGGUGACCUGAUCUACGACGUGGAGUUCGUCCAGGUGACCGAACCAGAGGCAGAUCCUAUCUUCGUGUAUGUGGGCGCUGCAGCUGCCUUGCUCCUGACCCUGACCACGGUCUUCAGCGUAGUGAAUGAACCGGUGGAGAGGGCGGAAUACGAGACGAGCGCGCCCUUUUCCAUUUUCGAGCGACCGGACAAGAUCUGCGCAGCAGAAGUGGCGGAGGUUGGCGGCGACGUUUUUAAGAACGGCUUUCCGAACUUUCACGGCGCCGCUUUGAUGCUGGCUCUUGCGCUAGGCUGCAAAGAACAGCUUUCUGAGUCGGGUGCAGUCAACAAGGAUGAGCCACAGGAGCAGAUCCAGGCCGCGGCGGGGCGACUGGACUCUCUGGCGGCGAGGGUCCGGCUCUAUGCAGCUCUGACAGAGCAGCAGCGGGUCGAGCGGAAGCAGCUGGAGGCGCAUUGUGCGGAGCUGCUGCGGCGCGUGGAAGCCUCCGAGGCGCACGCGGCGGAGGAUACUGAGCCGGGCGCCCAGUUGCCACCAGAGUCGCCGGAAGGCGGAUCGCCAGGCACGCCACAAGGCUUGCAAGGCACCUCGCACACGCUCCCAGGCAGAUCGCUUCCGACGCAAAGCUCCCGACGGCAGCGGAACUGCCGGCGAUGCCGACGGCGGCGAAAGCGCUUACGCUGGCUGCGGCGCAGUUGGCUUCGUUCGGGCCGCGCAGCACGUGCGCUGCUCGACUCGGCGGAGCAACGGCUGGCGCCAAAGUUGGCGCAGCUGGCGGAAUGCGCCAGGCGGGAUCAGCAGCUGCUCCGAAGGAGCCGAGCCGCUCAAAGGGCCGGCGGCCUCCGCCUGGGCGUCUUGCAGUCUCAGCUGGUACUACUGCGCGCCUUUGGCGCCUGGAAGGCAGAUCUCACCACUGCGUCAUCGCCUAUGGCUACCAGCUAUCGCUCCUGUGUAGGCUCCGUCUACGGGUCGCCCUUCAGCCCCACGGUGCCGAGUUUCUUUGUGGGGUGUCCUGAUCAAGACCGGCCGGGCUUUGGCUGUGCCCAUCGCUGUUUGCAGCCCCGUGUGGAGCCGCCCCCAGAAGGCGGCUCCUUUGCGCCAAACCUGGCGCUGCGGCUGAAGCCCGAAGGGCCCAGCGGGCGCAGCAUCUCCCGCUCGCAGCGUGCCGGGCUCGCCUCCCUCUACGCGCGCGCUUCGCGCGUGGCGCUGCAGCAGAAAGUGUGGCAGGCCUGGAGCUCGUCCGCCUCCGCGUUCCACGCGCGGCGCGCGAAAUCGCCGGCGCCGGAGUCGGCCGCCGGGGACCCCGUUUUGGACACGGUUGCUGUCCGCGAAAUCUCCGGCAAAAAGCUGCGCAAGAGAGAUGACAGCCAGUGCAUUCCAGUCUCGGCCGGCAUUGCUGACCGCCCGGAUGGCUGGGCAGUUGGUAUGGGCCGCUCAGUCCUCCCGUGA